UUUUCACCGUCUGCGUUACACGUACAUGCUGAAAUGCUUAGUUUGAUUUUGACCGUUAGGACCUAGAUCGAUUGAACAAAACUCUGUUUCUCUCGGGUACUGUAGGAACUGCUGUAAUUUAUUGUAAUGCGUGGACAUGUAUUGUUCCACUCAUCUAAUCUGGAAAUCUGAUCAGGGAGUUGAGAAAUUAAAUGCGGGGUGUGAAAAUUUUUUAUGGGAUCAUCAUGUGAUAAAAUAGUGCAUCACUGAGAUGAGAUAUUGAAGAGCUACAUCUGUAUAAAUGUCAGUAUUGGUGGCCUGCAGUUUACGUGAAGCGUGAUUAGUCAUUGUAAUCUUGGAUAAAAAUAUCGACAGUUUCAUCAUAUAUUGAUGAAGAGCUUUUCUUGUUUAAUUUCACGCACAAAAACAUCAUGUACUCGGAGUUUAAUCAGUAAUGUACUUUAUGGAGAUGAAAUAGUAGUACCAAAGCAUCAUAAAAAGGCGUCGGUGAUGCAAAAUGUGGGACGAUUAAAGGCAGAAAUCAGUGCUAAUUGUAAAACGAAUGUAAUGAUUGCUAAAAAAGAAAGAAGUUCGUAUCCUGAGUUAAAUGAGAAUGAUUCAAAGAUCAAAGAAGUUUCAUUAUUAGCUCGCACACAGUUUUUGCCCACUGGUUCUCCUGAACAUGAACUGCGUAAAUAUCCUGCUAUUGUUCUCGAAGGAAGCAAAUUAAUAUCUGAUGCAUUGGCUACAGGAGGGAAAGCAACAUCUUUAUUUUUUUCAUCACGAAUUGCUCUCGAACAGAUCAAUGAUCUAAGUCGUGUGUUGAAUAUCUAUUAUGUGAACCCUGGCGUUAUGAAGCAGCUGUCAUCUCUUAAAACUCCUCCCGGAGUGAUUGCUCUCUUUGAAGUACCACAAGAAAACGUUUGUCACACAAAGGAGGCAAAAUAUCACUUACCUGUAUCGCUUAUCCUUGACCGCAUUAGCGACCCUGGCAAUAUGGGCAGUUUAAUACGAUCUGGUGCAAGCUUUGGUUUGACUUCUAUUUUGGUGACGAAAGGUAGUGUUAAUAUUUGGAAUGAAAAGGCAAUUCGAGGAGGAAUGUCUGCUCAUUUUCGCAUACCUAUUUACCAAGGACUAAGUUGGGCCGAUAUCAGUCGUCAUUUUGGAAUAUGUGAUGGUUCAUUUUCUCCUGUUACAGUCUUCGUAGCUGACCCUGAUCCACUUUUAACUGAUAGAUUAAUCGAAUCGGCUUGGAAAACCGAUUCACCUGAACGUCAACCUGAUGAUGUAGAGAAAUCCGAAAAGUCUACCGUAUCCGAAGCUGUUGGCACUCCUUCUCCUGAGUCAACGAGUACUGCCUAUCGUUUGCCAGUACAAACUAUGCCACACUUUAAUAUAAAUUAUGUCCCUUCUGAUUACAAUGCUGAUAGACGUGACUGUCGUAUUGCAAUCGUCUUAGGUUCUGAAGCUCAUGGUGUUUCUCCGGAAGCUUUUCAUCUAGCACAUCUCACUGGAGGAUGUCGAGCUGUUAUUCCGUCUGCAAAAGGAACUAACAGUUUGAAUGUUUUGUCUGCUGCCUCUGUUCUUCUAGGAGAAAUACAACGUCAAUUUCUUACUACAUAGCUGUACCUUUUCUAUCCAAAUAUAAUGAUUCUAUUUCUAAUUUGUCUGUUGGUCUUUCAUCUAACCUAUAAUAGUCUGGAUGCUUAAUAUGUCGCAUUUUAUGGUACAUAAAUUGCACUUUUUAAUGAUUCUGUGUAGAUG